GAGAAGAGAAGAGAAGGAAAAGAAAGAAAGAGAGAAAGAAGAAAGAAGAAAAAAAAGAGAAAAGAGAGAAAAGAGGAGGAGAAGAAAAGAGAAAAGAGAAAGAGAAGGAAAAGAGGAGAAAGGAAGGGCAAAAAAGUGGAUAAAGAA